AUGGAGCCCUCCCGGGGCUACUCUAUCCAGCUGGCGGACGGAGUCGUCAACGUCCAGCUCAGCUGCACCCAGUGCUCCAACUAUGCCUGGAGCCAUCAGCAAGUAGCGUGGCUGGCCGAGGCCAUCGCCACCGAGGUCUUGCGGUUGACGGCCGGCAAGCAUGCCCAGGCGCCGUCCUCAGCGACAGCCACGGCGCAGAGCAAUGCCAUGUCCAUCUCGCCACCGGGGAGCCCGCGGGUGGAUACCUCUGGCCUGGUGCGAAUUCAAGAUACGCCACAGGAGGACGCUUCGUCGGUGUCUGCCGUCACACCAGCCGUGUCUCUGGGCAAAAAGGGCCCACGGACACGCACAGGAUGCUUUACGUGUCGCAUGAAGAGGGUAAAGUGCGACGAGAGAAAGCCGGCAUGUACCCGCUGCAUGCGCAACCCAGACCGACAAUGUGUCUAUCCCAAGAGGUUGGCCGUGUCCGUCCCAAACGCGCUCCCUGGCGUCAAGCAGCCUGCAGUACAGGCACCCCGCAGCGCAGUGACGAGGUAUCAGCCUCGACCUUCCGUUCCCUCGGCCUCGUUAAACUCACCCACAGCCGGCGCAACAGUGUCCCAAGCCGUUGCCCAAGACAACACGCUGCCGGACCAAUUUGGCCUGUUCUUGGAUGGCCUGGCCCUUAUCGGGUCUCCAGGACUGCUCCACUUCCAGCCCGACAAGCGCGAGGGCCGUGCUCGCUCCGACCGCGUGCUCGCCAAGCUGUGGGAAGCGCAAAUGAUCAUGUCGGUGUCGGGCAGAGACCUGCCCCCCGUCUCGCAGCAGGUCAAGCUCGCCGACGCGCUCGUAUCCGUCGCGUGGAGCCUGGGCGCCGUCAAGCGCGCGUUUUCGGGCACGGUCCCCACGCCCGUCCACGACGUCAUGCUCGCACGGUCGCGCAACUUUGUCGAGGACGCCGCGAAGCUCAUCCACGAGUAUAACCGCGGUGAAGGGUUUGACUCGCCCGAAACGUUCCUGGUGCUCCUCGAGCUCUUACUGCUGCGAGACUGUGCCAGCGGCGAUCCACUGUGGGCCAACACACACAAACUCCUCACAUCAUAUGUCAAGCGCAGGGGCGGUCCAAAGGUCAUGGUCGAGGAGGCGCGGGCCUCUAUGCUCGGUAUAGGUCUGCUGGAGCACCACCUCGUGUAUCUCACUCUCUACGACACCUUUGCCUCCCUGAGUCUCAACCUGGAACCAUACUUGCUUGCGCCUGGCCAAUGGAGGUGGCUAGAGGAAGUGCCGUGCGCCCAGGAAGUCAUCCAGUCGGAUUUUGGAAUCAGUCUGCAAAUGCUAUUCUACGUGGCAGAGCUGGCGACACUGCUUGCCAACAGAGGCGCGCCACAGACCCCGGUCGGUACGGCACAGUACCAACAGGCCUGCGAGGCAAUGUACGAGGCGCUCGAGACGGUCGCGCUCGCCACCAUAUACUCGACGCCGUCCUCCAUCCGCGUCCAGUUUGGCGACUUGCUGAUCCGCCACUCUCUCAUCUGCCACUUGCAAUGCGUGGCGUUUGGGCGACGGCGCGACGACCCCAUCAUCCAGCGCAGCGCGUCGGCCAUCAUCGAGCUCUUGGCCGAGGUCGCAGUGCGAACCGGGUCCAUGGCCAACUUGAUGUACCCGCUGCUCAUUGCUGCGGUCCUCAGCGAUACGGGCGACCACGAGCGGUUGCAACUGCUCAUCGACUUUACAAAGGUCUCCACUGGACUGGUGGAGUUUGACCGAAUGGAGAAGAUUGCUCAUGAAUGUUGGCGGAGAAGGGAUGCGGGCGAAGGCGAGCUGGAAAUGACCGACGUCUGGAGUGCCAACUGUCGCAUGCUCAUCUUGUAG